AUGCUGUUCUGCGUUGAGGGCUUGGGCGCUGCACCCCUGGGGGGCAGCCCGUUUGGGACUAAAACCCCACCUAGCCCAGGACUGAAAGCUGCAGACUGCCUCCCAAGGCGGGGGCGCGGCGGGGCGCGGGGUGGCUUCUCCGGGCGCGCAGCCUUCCCCUCCCCCAGCCCCGCCGCCUGUGUCGAGACCACGUGCAGGAGCUGCGCGUGGGGGCCCCUGGCGCGCAGCCGCGCGGGCGCGCGGGCCGCCGACUCGGAGCGGAUCCGGGGAACUGACUGGGGCGCGCGGGCGACAGCAGAGCGGGGACCUCGCGCUGCGAAAUGGGGGAGCCCGGCGCUGGAGGCCGAGGGGGGCCGGGUUCUGGACUUCAGUGAUCCCUUCAGCUCUGAGGUGAAGCCGAGAAUCCUGCUCAUGGGCCUGAGGAGAAGCGGCAAGUCGUCCAUUCAGAAAGUUGUCUUUCACAAAAUGUCUCCCAAUGAAACACUGUUCUUGGAGAGUACUAACAAGAUAUGCCGAGAAGACGUUUCCAACAGCUCCUUUGUCAAUUUUCAGAUUUGGGAUUUCCCAGGACAGAUCGACUUUUUCGACCCCACGUUUGACUAUGAGAUGAUCUUCAGGGGAACAGGAGCACUAAUAUUUGUCAUCGACUCCCAGGACGACUACAUGGAAGCCCUGGCCAGGCUCCAUCUCACAGUGACCAGGGCCUACAAGGUGAACACUGACAUCAACUUCGAGGUGUUUAUUCAUAAAGUAGAUGGUCUGUCAGAUGACCACAAAAUUGAAACCCAAAGAGACAUUCACCAGAGGGCAAAUGAUGACCUUGCAGAUGCUGGAUUAGAAAAAAUUCACCUCAGCUUUUAUCUGACAAGCAUAUAUGAUCACUCAAUAUUUGAAGCUUUUAGCAAGGUGGUUCAGAAACUGAUUCCACAACUCCCCACUCUAGAGAAUUUGCUAAACAUCUUUAUCUCAAAUUCUGGAAUUGAAAAGGCAUUUCUAUUUGAUGUGGUCAGUAAAAUUUAUAUUGCAACUGAUAGCACUCCAGUGGAUAUGCAAACCUAUGAGCUCUGCUGUGAUAUGAUAGAUGUGGUUAUUGACAUCUCUUGUAUUUAUGGUCUCAAAGAAGAUGGUGCAGGAACCCCCUAUGACAAGGAAUCAACAGCCAUUAUAAAGCUGAAUAAUACAACAGUUCUUUACUUAAAAGAGGUGACAAAGUUCCUGGCUCUCGUUUGCUUUGUGAGAGAGGAAAGCUUUGAAAGAAAAGGGCUUAUUGACUAUAAUUUUCACUGUUUCCGGAAGGCCAUCCAUGAAGUUUUUGAGGUGAGGAUGAAAGUGGUGAAAUCUCGAAAGGUUCAGAAUCGGCUACAGAAAAAGAAAGGGGCCACCCCUAAUGGGACCCCCCGAGUGCCGCUGUAGGUGAGGUUUCGGGAACAUCUUUGAAACCUUUUCAAUGAGGCUGCUGCACCGUGUUGCACUGAAGAAAAAUGAAGGAGAUCGGAACCCAUGAGGUGGACUUGUUCAAAAAAAACUCCUGCAACCCUCUUGAUCUUCUCUUUUUUUAAAUAAAGCAAGCACUUUGAAGCAAAACCUUGUAUAUUAACAAUGAAGUGAAAUCCACUGUACUUUCAUUACACAUAUGUAGACGUCAAAGGUCAGUAGUUAGAAAAACCCUGUGUGAGAACUGCCAGGAACUGUACAUAUUUUGCACUUUUUCAUGUUUUUUUCUCAUGGAACUGAACUUUGAUAAGAUGACUUUUCUAAACUCUUUUCUGUACUUGGUGUCACGGACAUGCAUAGUGUAGCUCACAUCCUGUGGCAAUCAGAAAUUAAUCAAAAUGAUGCAUUGGUAAUGACUUUUUGUAAAUCUGGGAAUCUUUGCUACCAGUUGUUGAAAGAAAUCAUUUUUCAGUGGAGUUGGAACUGCUUGGGGCUGCAGGCUCCCGGAGCAAUAAGAACUGUCCCCAUUUUUAACGGGUGUGAAGUUUUGUAGAAUAAUUUUAGCACCAAACUUACCUAAAAAUUUCUAUUACUAUGGUUGUACUUCCUAAACCAAUAGUUUUUAUGAAGCCCUUUACCUCCGUAUACACCUCUAUAAAUCACUUUGUACAGACAGGUGAUUUCUGCGUUACCAUUCUUUAGAACUUCUGGGACCAGAUUUCCAAAACGGUGCCCAUCACUGGGGAGAAAUAAGAAUGUUGUUGAGGCCUGGUUUCUAGAGGCUCCUCUGUACCUGCCACUUGGGGCUAAAGCAAUAUCAGCAGCCAAAGGUUUAUCCAGUGUAGGGGAUAGCAGUGCAGCCUAAAUGGUACCUACAUCGGUACCAUUCUGUGUGUUUGGACCCUGUGCAGUGGCCUGUUGCGAUACCUUUAAAAUCUUAAUAGGACACAUUUUUUAUUGCUUCAUGGCCACAGUGAGUAGAGCAAAUCUGCACCGUGGAACUUAAUCCCGUUGGCUGUCUUUGUCACCCGAAUCACCUCUGCAUCUGUGAUAAUGUGCCUCGCGUCAUCUACCUGUUCUCACAGUAUGAUGAACUCUGCUUGCACCCAAAAUGCUCUGUAAGGCUGAAGAGCCAUCCCGAAAACCCUAGCGACAGCGAGAAAGGAUAGCCAGAUGAGGAAUUAAAGGCUUUGCAAUUGUUUCCAAGCAGUUUCUGCACUUAUAUUUACCUUGGAAUAGUAGAAAACUCGGUCCUAACUCUACUCCUAUGCCAAACCAUUCCUAGUAGAUAAUUCUAUAUCCACCCCAAAGGUUAGUACUCUAUGGCAUCCUUGCAGGGCAUUAGGAAAAGAUUUUAAAAAGCAGAACCUCCUAGAGACAAGAAAGUUGGUCCUAACAAAAUGUACAAAGUAGGGGGCUGGGGAUUUAGCUCAGCGGCACAGUGCCUGCCUGGCAAGCGCAAGGUUGUGAGUUCAGUUCCCGGUACCGGAGAAAAACAAAACAAAACUAAAAAAAUGUACAAAGUCCCUAAAACAACUUGCCCUUAAAACUCUCCCAUUUAUCUCAGUGGCUUCUUUCCGUCCUUUCUCUUUCUUCUCCCUGUUCCCAAGUCCUAUUGCUUUAAAGGUGGUAACUAAAAUUGAAGAGGGUAGUUUACUGAGGUUUAAGGUUUGAGCCCCUCAAAGGUCUGUGCAUGUUGAAGGGAGAUUUCUAAAAAUCAUUAAGGUACCCUAAUUCCCUUCUCCUCGGAAACCUGGAUGGUUAGGAGCCUAGAGUUCCAGGGACGUCUUCUCCCUAAUUUCCAGAGCUGUACCCUGCUCAACUGUUGCUGACAGGCCUGGCUCUUCUGCGUUAUUCUAAUAGAUCUAAUUCUUGAAUAUUUUUUAUGGAAUGUUUUGCUUUGGAUAAGCAAAUAAAAGAGUCAAGUUUCUAAUACAACUUUAUCCUCAAGAAAGAGACACUUGCCUAUUUGGUAAAUCACACUUUAUCUAAUAUAUAUACAUAUACUAUUAUAACCAAGUGGAGCUUCCAUUUUUAAGCUGGGUGUAUGAUAGGUUUUUGUUAAAAUGUGCCUUAAAAAGCCUAUUACUUCAAGAGCAAGUGAUUCUUUGGGGGAAAGGACAAAAAUAAUCUUAUGACAUAGGACCCAAACCCGUGGUAGUAAGCGCACACUUUGAUUAAUCACACGCUAAUAUAGAUUACUGCCUCAAAUCUUGUGAGAGUGACCUCUUAAUUAAAGAAAGAUAUAAGAGUUAUAUCUAAGCAUUCAGUUUUUUAAGUCUGCUAUUGGAAUCUCAACACCUCUUCAAGUCCUUUUGCAUUUUAUCUUUGCUAUGGGAGUUAGCUUCUGGCAAUCUCUAUGGUUACAUUUCAUGCUUAAACAUAGAUUUAAAGAGAAAGGCCAAACACAUGGCUACAAUGACUGCACUGGGCAUUUUUGCUGUUUUAAGUGUUGAGAAGUUGACCUGCAGGUUUCUAGAGCACGGCAAUCCUUUGCCUUUUGAGUCAAUUAGAACUUCUGCAUAGAGGUGAAACUGUGAAUUAUCACCUUUGGUUAUUUUCAGUGAUAUAGAUUAGUAAGAAUGACGAGGAUGGAGUGUUUUUGAAUGAAUAUAAAUAAAAGAACUGGUGAACAUUCACAACUAGUGUUAUUUUGUGAAUACAAUAUAUUUUGGACCCUUAAAUAAAAUAGCUAAAAAUCACAGCAAUACUGUUAUGUGUGGGUUAUGUGUCAACUCUGUUUGAAACACACUCCAGAAAAACAGCUGACCUUUGUGAUUAUUAAAGUAUGGCAUGUAUUCAA